AUGAAGGCGUACGACGAGACCAUCGACACCGUUACCAAAGCCGAUGAUUGCGUGUUUGGUCAAUGGCUCAGACUGAGCGAUGACAUCCCCCACCAGACCAUCGAGCAGAUACCAGUUUUGGCGCCCAAGGUGGCUUCCAAGAAGUCCUCGAGACCCCCAGCAAAGAAGAAGAAGCAGAUGCUUGACAUCAGUGAUGCGCCUUAG